GGUUUGGACAAUACGACAGAAAAUCAAGAACAAAAGGAAACCAGAACUGUGCCUGAAAAGGUUACAGUGACCUGGGGUAUUUUAGUUACAGCGUACUAGCAUUAUUUUGACUUGGCGAAUUUCAAGUAUGAUAUAACGUUAACCAAUGGACAAGAUCUUGGAGGGAGUGAUUUCGUCCGACCACCCAGAUAAGGUGAAGAAAGCCCUCAUCGGCAAACUCCUUCUCACAGCCAGCAAGCCUAUAUCACCCGAGGAUGGCAAGGCAAUCUUUUCCCUGGCCACACACUGGAACCUCCAGGGAGAGACCCCAUUCAUACGCAGUGUCGGCAUGCAGGUCUUCCUCGCGUGGGGACACCACCACAAGGACAUCCUGGAGGAAUUCUUCGACAUCAAGCUUGUCCUGGGAGUCCUUCGUGGCUCAUUCACCGCAAACUUCCCAAAUGAGAAACUCGUACUUCUGUAUCUCUUGGAAGGUUUGAAGAUGUUACGGGGAAAUCCAUGCCUGCUGCAGAUUUAUAAGAUAGUGCAGAGCGAUGCCUUAAGGUUGGUGCAAGACAGCGGCAGUCUUGAGGUCUGUGUGGCACUCAGUAGUCUUCUUCUCGAGUUCAACCAGUGUAUACCCAGGGACACUGUUGUGAAGUUCUGUGAGGAACUGGUGAAGAGGAUGGCCUUAUGGAAGAGCCCGGAAAAUGAAACAAACUUGAAGGACUACAUACAGAAUGUCACGCAGGUGUCAACCUUAUUGGGAGUAGUAUGGAAGAAGGACCAGUCUGCUUUGUUGCCAAGUCUCAGGACUGUGUUUGGCAUGAUAUCUGCGGUCGAGGUGUCGAGCGAACCGUCAGUCGCGCUUGCUUCCAUCGUUCCUCAAGUCCCCAUCGACAUGUUGGCAGUCAUUACAAGGAGCGUUGUAACAGAUCCGAAAGUCCGCGAUGCAAAUGUCGAAGUGUCUCUAAUGAGGAUGAUUGGUUGGUUGAGCUGGCCAGUGGCAAAGAACAUCGACCAAUGGCUGGUGGCCUUUCUGAAGAACUUGGCUGCAGUGCAGAAGUACACACUGCUGAUUAACAUUACAAAGGAGAAUGUGAAAAAGGUGUUCAGCCGCCUGUGCUACCCUGUAGUACGGAACAGUGCGCUGACCGUGCUGUCUCACAUGCUGCUCAGUUUCCAGCACUCACCUGAGGCUUUCCAUCAGAUUAUUGGCCUUGUCCCGGAGAUGAUUGUUUUCCUGAAGAAAGAGGACACCACAUCGAGUCUUGAGUGCAUGGGAAGGCUGGCAGAGCUGGUACACUGUCUCAUCUACCAUCACUCAGGCUUCCCUGACCUGUAUGAGCCUGUACUGGAUGCCCUGAAGGGUUUGAACAAGCCCACUGAAGCUAUGGUAAAGCUUCGCCUGAGCCAGUCUGCCUGGACGUCCCAGAGCAACGGCCUACUGAGCUAUCACUCCAAGUUCAUGCCUCGCUCGGAGACAGGGAAGACAGGCCUGAUGAACUUGGGGAAUACCUGCUACAUGAACAGUAUCCUACAGGCACUCUACAUGGCUGAUGAGUUCCGGAUGAAGGUACUGAGCUACGUGCCAAACGGUGCUAAAGGUGUUCUGGCACAACUACAGGAUGUCUUUGCAUUUCUGUCUCACACACAGAGGACAGCCUAUUCCCCAUCAACGUUCCUCCACACUGCCCGUCCCCCAUGGUUCACUCCUGGGUCCCAGCAGGACUGCUCCGAGUUCCUCAAGUACCUCCUGGACAGGAUUGAUGAGGAAGAAAAGGCCAGGAAGAAAGCACAGGCACUCUUGUCCCCUCAAGACCAGGCCCACCUCCCGAGCAAGAUGGCCAAGACGGAGGAGAAUUGUCGUGAUGACGCCGGAACGCCUCCUCGCAAGAUGAAAAGUGUUCCCGGGGCAUCCUCAUUGUCCAAGUGCCAAGAAGUGCCAAACUGCAACAGGGUUGCAGUCUCAGGUAACCCCACAGUGGAAACGACCAGCCUGACUGCUGUAAAACCAAAACAUUUGCUCAGUCCACGACCAAACGCUCCUACUAUUAUAGAGGAAUGUUUUGGAGGCAAGAUGAUGUCCAGUUUCAGAUGUUUAAACUGUGGAAUUGUGUCCAUUAAGGAAGAGCUCUUCACAGAUUUAUCACUGGCCUUCCCAGACAAGGACUUCAAAAGCCAAGAAGGAACCCCUGUUGAAGUAACCAAUGAGAACUCUUCCUGUGAGCUGACACCCAAUCAGGAUUCAUCUGUAGUGGGGGUAGCAUCCAAUCAGGUACAAAGUACACCUCAGAACUCGACCAAUGACAAACUACCAGUGAUGAGAUCUGCAGGAACACAGACUGAGGACUGUGCAGAACUAGAAGACAGCCCCUUGACUUUAGAAAACCUCCUGUCGUAUUUCUUGGCCCCUGAAACACUACACGGUGAUAACAAGUAUCAGUGUGACAGGUGUGACAGUCUACAGGAUGCAGAAAGGCAAAUUAGGAUAAGCCACGCACCCUCUUAUCUCAUUCUCACUCUCAUGAGGUUCUCCUUUGACAUUAAGACCAUGCGAAGGAAAAAGAUUGUUAGAAACGUACAAGUGCCCUCUACCGUUACGCUCCCUGUAUGUAGUAUAGACUCUGGUGAUUCCGCACAGAGUGCUAUUCAGGAAACCAGCGCAAAUUACAGCCUCUGUGCUGUUGUUGUGCACUCUGGAACAUCGUCUGAGUCUGGACACUACUACUGUUACGCCUCCCACCUGCCGUCUAACCAGCAUCAGGUCGCCAUGGAAACUGACGCACAGGAGGAUGAUGGGAAGGUUCUGCCAGGACAAUGGUUUCUCUUCAACGACAGCAGGGUGUCGUACACGUCUCUGGACUCGGUACGGAACAUCACGGAGAAGUUUCCGAAGGACACCGCGUACGUUCUCCUGUACAAAAGGUUGGGAGACAUGGAGGGAAACCUUGCGGAGGGGAACGGUGUGGCUGAACCCAUCCUGAGGAAGGACCUGUUAGACACCAUAACAAAGGAUAAUGCACUGUACCUGCAGGAACAGGAGUUGGAAGCUCGAAGCCUCGCCCUGAGACAGUCGCAGAAGGCGUGCACCUCUUCUCUCCCCUUCAGGAACCAGGACGACGACAAGAACAACCCCCCGGGAAGCUGUGGGGGCGGGGGAGGGGGGUUCAACAUGCCCUCCAACAGAUUUGUGUUUUAACAACAGUUGGAUGAUGGGGCCAAGCAUGCUUCCUUGUGGUACACAUUAAGUCAAUCAAUCUCAGUCAGUACAUGUAGUGUCUAGUGGCACAUAGCGCAGCAAGUUUACUUGCCAUUUCAGUAGCGGGUAUAUUUUUACAUUAAAGGGUUGCUAGCCCUUUCUUAGCUUGAGGCAUCUCCUCAAGUGUAAGAUUCCCAUUUAUGUCCCUUCCAAACAAUUGUUGCAACCCCAACCAAUAUGCUUUUCCUAGGAUUUAACCAACUGAUUGGAGCCAGAAACUCAACUGUGAGGCUGCUACCGAUUGAGCUACAGGGACAUCCCAUCUCAAUCUGUAGUUCUGAAUAAACCCCUUUUGUGUAAUCACUUCCAUAACAUAUUUCAAAGGUUAAUCCUUGGAAAGUCAGAGUUCAUAAUGACCCAUCUACCCAUCAUGCUAUGCCUCAUAACUUUUAGUUGGCAAUCCAAAUAAGUUUGCAAUGUUGCUAGAAUGGUAUUCUUUCAAAUUUGAUUAAAGAAUGCAAGAUGUACAUCCUUGUUUUAAUAUUUUGUUCUGGAUAGACAGUAGGUAGGUAAGAUACUUGUAUAUUGACUUGUGUCUUAUUUUAUUUACCUGUAUUAAAUAUAAUGAUUCCAGUCUGUUUAAGACAGGUAGAUCAUAUAGGGUUAGAGAUGGAGAACUUGUCAAACAUCUAAAGAUUAAUACAAGUCCACAUUACACAUGCUAUAGUCCAUGUACCAGUGACAAACUGUAAAGCGCUUUAAGUUUGACAAGAUUUAUUUUACUGUAUUCUGUAAUAUGGUGCUGAAUUGGCCCAUUUCAGGUAGUUGAAAUAUUUCUUUUGCAUUCAGUUUUAUCACCUGUUACAAAAUCACAAACCUCAACAUUUAAGUUACAAACACUUUUCCAUAAGUGAUUAUUUACUGUCGCACCAUGACUUUCAGAUUGCAUGUCGAUAACAGUGAAUUAAUCUGUGCAACAGAUGUUGUGUAAUAAAAACCUGUUUAAAACUAA